AUGGUUAUUAUUCAACUUAAAAUAUUUAUUAAGAAAUAUAAGAUAUAAAUACUUAGUGAUAAGUUACUUAUGUAUCAUGCAACCUCAAUAGUAAAUCAAACAAUAGAGCCCUACAGUUUGAAUAUUAAUCUACAAAACACAAAGAAGAAAAUGGGAGGUAUAAAACAGCAAGAAAAAUUUAAAGUUAGAAACCUUUGUGAAUUAAAUUUAUAAAUAUGA